UCUCGCACAAACUUUGCAAACAUACGACGACGAAGAAGAAGAGCAAGCGGUGGGAAAUUUGACACACGGAAAAACUUUCCAACAUUUUAAGACAAGCAGGAUUUUAUGUUUUUAUUCGGAAGAUAACACGAAAUGGACAGAUAUGUGUUGGUUUCAUCCUUCUGUCAGGCGGACAGCAACGAAACGGAGGAGUGCAGAUGUCUGAACCCACUCAAGCAGAUUUAUGAUCAAAUAGUGGAUUUUUCAUCUCCAGAAUUAGUCAGAGGAAAUUCCGUGCUCCCAGCGUGUUCUCUCAGCGGAAGCCCUUCAGUUCAACGAUGGCACUUUGCUGCUCAGGCUUGCCAUGGACUAAUGCAGUUCUGCAGCUCAGACUGGGAGGAGGUGUCUGCUGUCCACCAGAGCGCCAGCAGUGAAGAGGAGAAGCCAACUGCUUUGGAGCUGUGUGUUGGUUCCCUGAAUCUUCAAGAGGGAUCGCUUCCAAAGUCUGCUGACGAAGCAACGCUCACAGAGUUGCUGGAAGAGGCUGCGGAAGGCGUGCACGCGCUGUCAGACAGACUUCCACCUCCGGGUAAAGCAUUGCUCGAUGUGCUGGUGUUGGGCUCUGCUGAGCAGUGUCCCGCGUUGAAAGACGCGCUACCGCUGCUGGGAGCCUUCAGACACUUGAGCUGCUGGCACUCUGCCAAGAUCUCAGUCCUCACCGAGCAUUUCCCUGGGUGGGAAAAAACUGCGUCGUACCUGAGUGCUGAUGUAGUGGAUUUUAGCGAGUUAAGCAGCUGUAUCAGCGCCAGUGAACUGUGGAGAGGGGGCUUGCUGGUCAGAGAGAAGAAGAAUGUGUCGGAGCUUCGUUUUCGGGGCUUUUCUCUGCACUCUCCAGUAUAUAAAUCCAAUCUCACGGACGUCCCGAGCGCCUCCGUCGACCACAAACUGCACCCCGAGGUUUUUCAGUACUACGCGCCGGUUUUAGACCUGCUUCAUGUGGUUAAUGUCUCAGACGUGCCUGACUUCCUCAGGUCCAGCACACACUUUGAACUACUCCUGUCUGGGAAGUCAGUCAAAUCGAAGCUUCUUUUGGAUCAGCUCAAGUCACUGCGCGGAAAGGUAGCGGCUUUGUUCAGCCUUUCCUGCGUGGUCACCGCCACCGCGCAGCCGUCAGCGAGCCAAAUCAGCUCCCAGCGUUGGAGAGAGUCUUUGGCCAGGAGACCCAAGUUUUUACCCUUACCCGAUGUUGAGGUCAAGGGAGAGAGUGCGCACUACUUCCUGUUGGUCCAGGGCUCAGACAAGACUGACAACGGCGGCUGCACAGUCAGGCUGUUGCACUCUGACAGUCAAAUUAAUGGAGCGGCCGCCAUGGCAACGGUCUCAGGGCUGCCAGGACAGAAUCCGCUGUCAUCGUCAGGCACCAGAAGCAACAUCCUCUCUCUGCCUUUUCUCCAAGAAGACGAUCUGCUGAAGAGAGAGCAGAAAGUGACCCAGAUCCAGACCUUGGUGCUUAAAGAAUACUUCAGACAGAGAGAAAAAUCCUCUUUAAUACCAUCCAAUGACUUGAAGGCCAUUCUGAGCAUGGCCAGGGAGCAAUACUUGAAGAUGAUUGACUCGAAGCUUCCCUGGGCCUCUUCUCUGACUGCAUACGGCAUGGCCACCAAGGACCCAGCAUCCGAAAGAAUGUCCCACGCACAACUUACUUGGCCAGAGAAGAGUGUUCUCCGUAACAUUGAGAACCUGCAGAAAAGACGACAGAGGAGAAGACUUGGCCUGUUAGGUCCUGGCUCCGGCGAUGGUCUGCUGGGUCCUAAAGACUGUCAGAAGGGUUCCACGACUUUACUGGACGCCAAAGAACUUUUAAAACACUUCACACUAGAUGGCAGGCCGACCAGUGAGCUGCAACCUCUGGCCCUCAAUAGAGGUCAUAAUGUGUUCCAGUUGUCACCAGAUUUGUCCCCCAGGAGAAUCAGUGAGAUGUCCUUCAAAAAGGCCACAACCUCCCAUUACCACGGCAUAGAAUUCUGCCUGGACAAUCGACGUUCCUUGGACCGAGACCAGGAUUUUGUGCGGCUCCAGUCCCGUCUCGUUCGCUACGAGACCCAAACCACCUGCUCCAGGGAACCCUCCGUCCUCCCGUUUGCGACCAGCCCCGCCCCCUCUCCCGCCGUGAUGUCGGAACCAGGAAGCGUACCCGACGGGGAGACUCUGCAGAGCGCCGAUGUAGCCCGACUCAAACGGAGGGCCUGGGACACGGACGCUGUCGGAGAUUAUCCUCGCAAGAGGAUGGCCAAGUCAGAGAGCAGCGACUCCGUCUGUUCUCAGAAAAGCGUCAGUCGCGGGACACACCUUGCCGUCAAGUCGCUACGGCAACAGCCCAGCAGAUCCCAGUCGGGUUCCUCUUCCACUUCCUCUUCCUCUGUUACCACAAGGACGGCAUCUGGUUUGCUGAAUCAGUCUUUGACCAGCAAAAAUGUCAAGGAGUCGCGUUCGCAGAAACACAAUAGAAUGCUGCAGGCGGUGGUCUGUAAAACACUCAAACAGCACGGGAUCAGUGCCGAGCAUACGUGCUUUGAGGCUUGCAGCAAGAGACUAUUUGAUAUCUCCAAAUUCUUUCUCAAGGAUCUGAAGACAUCUCGCGGUCUGCACGACGAGAUGAAGAAGGCAGCCGGCAGCAACGCCAAACAGGUUAUUGACUGGGUACUGGAGAAGACCGCAAAGACCUGAAGAUGACUCUGACAAAAACAUAUUGAGUCCCACUUUCAUUUUUCAGUUUUGGAAAUGAUUUUAUUGAGUCCAUUUUCAGUUGCAUUUUAAAAAGUCAUCGUUUUUUUUUUUUUUUUUUACACUACGAAUGCACAUUAUUUCAUCUGUUUUACCUUUUACUAGUUUUAGGACAAUAAAUUAAAAAAAAAAAAAUUCUAUUUCCUGUUUUCUGAUUUCCUGCAUGUAAACGCUCAAUCGCAUCGUUAUAGAAAAGUAAUGACUCAACAACUGUGACUUUUAAUACACGUACACAUUAAUAAUUUCAUCUCCAAAAGGAAUUUCAAAAGCAAUUUCAUUUCCAGUGUAUAUAUAAAAAAAAAAAAGAAAAAACCCUGUGCUAGUCAAUCACUUCAUCUCUUUUCAUCUCAAUUUCCAUGAAGCGCCAGGCGACGACAGCGUUCCUCUGCCAACAGCUUCUUUUUCCUUCCCGUGACUUUUGUCAGAUUCCUUAAACGGGUGAGUAAUUUUACUUUUAUUUCACAGUGGCAAUUGGGAAUACGCCUUUCAGACUUGACUUUGAUUCCAACCAAAAAAAAAAAAAAACAAAACAUUUUGAAAUUAGAACAACUUUGAAGUUGAGCCGAGUGUUCAGCUUUUGUUAUUCCACUCGAGAUUUUUUUGCCCCCAUUGUUUACCUUUCAAAAUGACACUUUUUGAAAGCAGGACUGUAUACUCGAGUUAUCCAAACACAUACUUGAAUGUACACAAGAGAAAGGGAAAAAGAUCCCUCGUUGAUCCGCUGAUUUGAUCUUGAAAAUGUUUACUUGUCUUCUUUUUGGAAAAAUGACGCUUGCUCCAAAUCUCCGAGGUCCCUCGCAUGCAGUCAGUGGACUCAAGGCCGAGAAUUGCAGUCAACAUUUUCGUGUCCUCGGCCAAAAUGAGAUCGUAUUAAGGUCCCACUGUAAGAUGUCAUUCGUGAUCACUUACGGGUUACGUGCUGUGCUUCAUUAUAAAAGCGAAGGCAAACCCCCCGGGCCGACAGACUUAAGGAUACCACAGUACUGUAAUGCAGUCCAAAAACAACAACCAUUUCUAAUGCAAAGUGAGCAAUGCGUCUUGUUUUAUUAACGGACAGCAAAUAGUUGGAGCCGCGAUAACAGAACUUCGUCAGUGGGCUUGAGACCCAUGUGGAGUGUCUACAUUGACUACAGAAAAUAAGAGGACCGGAUAUCACCGGUUCACCCUUUGUUAUUAUUGCUAUUGUGUACUAGUUAGCAUUACAUUGAGAUGCGUCGCCGGGCGAAGGUAGAGGUGGCGAAGGCUCAACCAGACGCAUAUGACGACAUGUGCGCCAGGUUGGAUACGAAAGAGGGAGGAAAGGCCAGACAGAGGGAUAGAGAUGGGAAGGAUGUGCAAAAAGUAAAGGUGAUUAUAGCGAUGGAAAUUUGCUGACUCAUGCCAGUCGUGUGCUAAGGAAAUGGAAAGACUAUUUUGAGAAGUUAAUGAAUGAAAAAAUGGGAGAGAAGGAAGACUAGAAGAGGCGAGCGUGAAUGACCGGGAAGUGGCAAAGGAGGAGAAGUUAGAAAGCCACUGAACAGAAUGAAAAAUGGAAAGACAGUUGGUCCUGAUGACGCACCGGUGGAGGUAUGGAAGCGAUUUGGACAGGUGGCUGCGGAGUUUUUGACAGACUUAUUCAACAGAUUACUAGCGGGAGAGAAGUUGCCAGAAGAAUGGAGGAAAAGUGUGUACGAGUUCCCAAAAGGCGAUCUUUCUAACUGUUCCUCCGCCUGCUCCCUGCUUUCACUGCACAUCACAAUAUCAUCUGCGAACAUCACGGCCCAAGGGGACCCCUGUCUUAACCCCGUCUGUCAGCCUAUCCAUUCCUACCGCAAAAAGGAAGGGGCUCAGCGCGGAUCCCUGAUGCUUCCCACCUCCACCUAAAAUUGACCUAGGUGACACCUCACCUCUAUUCUGCUGCCCUCAUACAUGUCCUGUACAAUUCCAACAUAUUUCUCCGCCACACCAGUCUUGAGCAUGCAGUACCACGGUUCCUCUGUAGGUACUCUGUCAUCGACUUUCUCUAGGUGUACAAAGACACAAUGUAACAAAAUAGUCCGAAAACACAGCUUUUUUCUUUAUGGCAUUGAUGUGAUUGAGUGUGGAAACGUAUAUUACGGCCGCCUCUAAUGGUUACAAUUUUUUUUUUUUUUUUUUUUUUACACUUGCUUUGUUUGUUCACAUGUUGCCUCCACGAGGCUUUUGGGAAGAACCUGCACCGUCCCCGCUUGUUAAUCGAAUGACAUUUCCCGUCUGACACAUAUUUGAACUCCUGCGCAGCUCAUCAAAAACCCCAGGUGUGCGCGCGCGCCGACCCGAGCCGAGCCGUCCGCUUCAAACUCGCCAUCGGUAACGUCUGAUGUGCGGCGGCUUGUCUCGCCCGUGGAUUCGCGCGCUUCGCCCGCAAUGCAUCGCGGGCUCUUGCAUUCAUUACUUUUUCAUCACGGACCAUCAGAUGGUAAAGAACACACGAUGUAGACAAAAGCGAAGGGUUCAGGGGUGCCGCUGGGAAUCGGCAGUGGCGGCUUGUAAAGUUAUUACACACACAAUGUACGUCUUUUCUUAUGAUUUUUCCAGAAAGUGGAAGUACAAAUACAGGAAGCGUCAAAGUUCCUCUGCACACGGAGAAGGCCAGGUUUCGUGCAACGAAUGGAAAGAGGUGAGCGAAAUCAUCAUUUUGCAGUUGCGUUUGCGCGUGUCCGAGAGGUCCGCCACUUCAAACGUGCCCCCUGUCGGGUCUUUUGACCCGAUAAGAUGACGUUAUUCUUAUUAUUUCAUGUACACAGAUGCAGACAAUUGCUCCAUUUAACACUUUGAAAACUGUUAAUUAGUAUGCUAUAAAAACACACGUCAUGGCCUUUCGAAUUAAUUGAAGUUUGACAUCCAGCCAAAAACAUAUCAUGCAUAUCAUUUUUUUGCAAGGAAAGGGGAAAAAAAAAAAAAAGGCCGUCAAAAUAAGUCAAAUGCAUUUUAGCCCUCAAAUGUGUUACUAAUGAGAAUGUGAAAUUAUGUUGCGGAACGCAGAUACUCAAGACAUCUUUUACAUCGUGGAUUUUUUUUUUUUUUUUUAACUUUUACUGAACUGCAUACGAUAUUUUCAGUAAAUAAGAUCGAGAGCCAUCAAUGUUCAUUCAUCCAUUUAGCCGCUUAUCCUCACAAGGGUUGCAGGGAAUGAGCGCUGGAGCCUAACCCGGCUGUAAUCGGGCCGCAGGCGGGGUUACACCCUGAACUGGUCGCCAGCCAAUCGCAGGGCACAUAGAGACAAACACACGGAGUGCCCGGAGAAAACCCACGCAGGCAGGCAGGCACAGGGAGAACAUGCAAACUCCGCACAGGCGGGGCCGGGAUCUCCGAACUGUGAGGCCAACACUUUACCAAGUGAUCCACCCGUGCCGCCGUAUUCAUUCUUGUUCGCGUUAAAGAGUUUUUCCCCUUUUGUUUUCUUUGGCCGUUUGUAGAAAUGAAGGCAGAGGAUCAGGAGGCGCAUUCAAGCAAGUGUUGGAAUUGAAAUGUGAACCCGGCGGACUGAGAGCCCUCGUACGCAAUUAUCUAUAGUUUGAAUAAUCAAUGCAAAGUGGAGGUUGGCUCGGGCCCGUCAGCCUCUCGUCUUGACGAACACCUUUCCAAUUUCCAAUCUCGCCUGCCGGGUCCCUCUCGCCGUAUUAAGCCCGUUUAGCGGCUUCCCUGGCGUGCGUGCAGACAAGCAAACAGACCACACGCGCGCCGAAUACAAAUUCGGAGCCGCCCGAGGAACUUCCCUU